AUGAAUAUAUUUACCAGAUGUGUAUUUUUGUAUUCAUUCAUCAUCGUAUUUGUAACUUGCGCAAAUGAUAAUAACCAGUCCAAUAACACCGAUGAAGGGGGGGGGAAGGACAAACCGGGGAAGGGAGGCUUCGACUUUAGCCAGCUGGGGGACAUUUUGAAUUCCCUCAACGGGAAAGGAGGCAAAGGCGGAAACGCAAAUAAUAAUGGCGGCCACUUUGACAUGUUAAAUAAUCUUUUAAACCAGGCGGGCUCGUCAGGGGGAGGCCUGGAGAAUCUCAUGAACAUGUUUAAUACCGCCUCGGGUAAGGGCGGCGGGAGUGCAGCGGCUGGAGGGGGGAAUGCAAAUGCGGGCGGCGGAAGCGCAAAUGCUGGAGGGGGAGGUGCAAAUUUGAAUAAUUUCGAUAUGGGCAAAAUGAUGGACAUGCUGAAGCAGUUCGGUGGAAAGGGGGCCGGCGCAGAUGGGCAGAAGGCUAACCCCAUGGAAUCUAUUGGAAAUUUGCUGAACAUGAUGAAUGCCGGUGGGGGAAAGGGAGGCGAUGGGAAGGGCGGAAAUCCUCUGGAGCAUUUAACCAGCUUGCUGGGGAAUGGCGGCAGGAAGGGGGGAAACCCGAUGGAGCAUUUGACCAGCCUGUUAGGCAACCUCGGCGGGAAUAAGGGCGCCGACGGGAAGGGGGGCAACCCGAUGGAGCAUUUGACCAGCCUGUUGGGCAACCUCGGCGGGAAUAAGGGCGCCGACGGGAAGGGAGGCAAUCCGCUGGAGCACCUAACCAGCCUGCUGGGGAACAGCGGCGGGAAGGGUGGUAACCCGAUGGAGCAUUUGACCAGCCUGCUGGGCAAUCUAGGGGGAAACAAAGGAGCUGAUGGGAAGGGAGGCAACCCGAUGGAGCAUUUGACCAGCCUGCUGGGCAAUCUAGGAGGGAAUAAUGGAGCCGACGGAAAGGGAGGUAACCCGAUGGAGCACCUGACCAGCCUGCUGGGCAACCUCGGGGCGGACGGGAAGGGAGGCGGGAACAAUAAACUGAUGGGGGACAUCCAGUCGCUGUUGGGCAACUUCCUCAACGCGCAGAAUAACCAAAACGCGCCCUUCGCAUUAGACAAGAGUGUAAUGGAUGGAUCUGCAAGUAAGGAGUUCAUCAAAUUGCAGCAUAACCAGAGUGAAAGGGACCUCCUAAGGGAAUUGCAAAAUUUGAUUAACAAGAGUAAAGGGAUGAGUGGCAGUGGAAGCAGCAAAGAGUUGGAGGAGAAGAACUCCAAAUUGAAGACCUUUUUUAGCUCCCUCAAGGGAAGGUACAACCCAUAUUCCUACGAGAGGAAGAUUCUAAAUGAUAUAACAAGUGAGGAGGACAUUAAGAAUAGGUACCAUAUAGAUGACGAAUUUGAAAGGCACAUUUACAUCAGCGCAAAUGAUACGAGUGUAGAUUACGAAGAAAUGAGUGAUGAGGAGAAGGAGAAGAAGACGGGCAUGUUUGCAGACGUAAACCAAUUGGAUGAUAACGAUACGGUGGAGAGUGGAUCCAUUAGUAGCCACGUUAUAAGAAAGAGCAAAUUAGAAAAUGAGAAACUGCUUCGCGGAUUAAUCGCGGGGGAGAGUGACAACCUGCAUGAGUGUAACUGCGCGUCUAGUAAGGCGAAGAACUGCGUGCUGUCCUUCAUUAAUUAUAACAAUUUGGAAUACAUGCUGGAGAGUUUGAGCGUGGACGUGAAGUCGAUGGUGAAGCGGUAUAGGGAGGCGGGCCCGCAUAAAGGUGCCGCCCCCGGGAAAGGAGCUGCCUCCCCACAUGCAAAGGCAGAAUCGUUCCUCGUGCCGCUACCCCCCCUGGAUGCGAAGGCAGACGUGCGGGACACGUCCAAAUAUGUGUUGAGAGUACCCAGGGUGUUAUUCCUCUCCACGAAGAAGGCCUUCUCCACCUCCAUGGACAGGUACUUCUUCAAUCUGUAUGACGUUAUGGAGAGUCAGCUGAAGUGGAACACGUACAUGUGGGGCUACGGGUUCAAGUACUACCCCCUUUUCUUUACGAAGAAUCUGCAUACCCUGUUGCAUAAUUAUGAUAAGCAGAUAGGAAGGGAGCCCUUUGACAUCAUCUUCGUGCACAGCAGCUUUGUCUCCAACUAUUAUAAUCAUUACUUUUUUCUGAAGAGCAUGCCGAGGAUGACUACCCUCAUUUUUAUAAACGACGGAUGGGAUAGCAAUGUGAAGAGCGCCUAUUUGAAUUUAUUUCCGCACAUCUUUUUUCAGAACCAGGUGAACAUCUUCGAGUACAACCCUUUGAAUAGCAUUGACUCUGGUGCGGAGAAGAGGAAGCUCGUUAAUAGCCUGUGGAAUAAGGUGUCCAGUGGGGACUCCACGGAGGUGAUCGCGAAUAGGCACAAGAAGAAGGGGAAGAGGGGCAAGGCCGGGGCGGGGAGUAGCGACGGUGGGGGGGAGAAUUCGAAGCGGGAGGAUGAGGCGAACGGAGGCCGCUCACCCGGGGAUGGCGCCCAGCAAGAGGACGAGCACGACGAGGAUGAGAACAAAACGCUGUGGGCGUUCCUGCCCCACGGGGUGAAUCCCUGCUGCCUGGACCAGUUUGAACAUCUCUUUGAUGAGAAGGAGAACGACCCGAGUGAUAAGUCGAAUGUGGUGGUGAGCCCCACCUUUUACUACGACCUCGCCAGGAAGAAGAAGAAGAAAAAGGGCAGCCCCAAGCUGGAGCUCUCCUACUCUCUCCUAGAUUUGUACCUCCCCGCAUGCACCUACAAGGAUAGCGUGCCGACCUUCCUAAGCAACACACAUAGGGAUAUAGACGUACUGUACCUCUGUAACACCACCUCGAGCAACUACAAUGACUUCCUAAUUCAGAAGGUGAUGGAUUAUAUAUAUAAUAAAAAUGUUAGUAAUUUGAAGAGCCGAAUAAGGAAGUAUGAGUUUGACCUGUAUUACUGGAAAGUGUGGGGCAUGCAGACGACGCAUAAGUUGAUAAAGAACAAGCUGAAGGAGUAUCACCAGAUGCUUAGAAGGAGCAAAGUGUGUGUAAUUAGCUCCAAGUUUGCCGGCAUGCUGAACCGAAUGGUGGUGGACGCCCUCUUUAGCGGCUGCGUAGUCAUCACAGAUAAGAGCCACAAUAAAGACAUUAACAAGUUCAUCGUAACGACGCGCAUUCCGUAUGAGUAUUAUGAAAUUGGCGACUUGGUAUAUAAUAAUGAAAAUAUGAAUAGCCUUUCGAAAGAUAUGGUAGAAAAGAUUAAUGCCACUCUGGAGGAGGUCAACAGUGGGAAGAAGGAGCUGCUCAAACAGGAGGCCUUCAAAACGGUUAUGAAUACGUAUACCUACCAAGGGGUGAUCCUCAAUUGGAUUCUCCCCACGUUGUAUUUCCACCACAAUAAGGAGAAAUACGAGCUGGUAAACAACUAUUUUGUUCUGCCGCAAUACUUUGAAGACGUGAUUUCGAAGAGCCUCAAAACGACCAGUGCUAAGAGGGAGAAAAUCAUCGCCAAUAUUGAUUUGUCUCUCCAGGAGGACCUCAUCAUGAAUAACAAUGAGGUGGCCACUUGGUGCAUCAUCUGGGUGCUCAUCUUCGCCGUCAUCGUCUUUUACCUGAUGCGCAACAGCAACCUGCUUGGCGCGCUCUUCAAGCAGCGGAAGUUGCACCUCUGA